AUGAAGAAGCUCUACCCGCAAGCUCUGGCAGACAACUCUUGGGAUAACACUGGCUUGCUCCUGGAAGCUCCGUUCGUUGCGUCUCGUCGCCAAUCGAACAACGUCCUUCUCACUAUCGACCUUACGAAAGCUGUCGCGGAUGAAGCCAUUGCGCUCAACUCGUCGAUCAUCAUUGCAUACCACCCAAUUAUAUUCAGAGGCCUCAAGUCGAUCACGCUUGCGAAUACACAGCAGCAGACUCUGCUGCGUCUGGCUAGUCAUGGCAUCAGCGUGUACAGCCCACAUACAGCCGUGGACUCCGCACCAGGAGGGCUCGGAGACUGGCUAGCAGACAUUGUUACUGGCACUAAGAAGGCCUUGAGUGAGGAUGAUUCAGAGGCUGGAUCAAGCCAGCAAGGCGACAAGCCAGAUGCAGACGACCCCUUCAUCGAGAAGAAGCGGCCUGCAUUCACGCUGAACCACCACCCCAGCCAAACCACGCUACGCACCGCAAAGCUGCCUGCCACAACGGCUACCACUGCUUCAGUCUCACAUACUCGCCGGCCAGUAAAGCCCCAGUCGCCCGAGAUCAAAUCGCAUCCUGGCGCAGGCAUGGGUCGCAUCGUGGAGUUCAGCCAGCCGCAACCGCUCCCCGCGCUACUCGAUCGCAUAGGCAAGGGCCUGAACAACCCCAAAGGCUUCCCCAUCGCCAUCCCCCAAAAUGCCACCAUAUCUGACAUCAAGAUCCGCAGCGUCGGCAUCUGCGCCGGCUCAGGCGGCUCUCUGCUAGGCGACCUCGAAGUCGAUCUCCUCUUCACCGGUGAAAUGAGCCAUCACGAAGCGCUAGCCGCCAUCGAAAAGGGCCAGGUAGUCAUCAGUCUGUUCCAUAGUAAUUCCGAGCGUGGCUUCUUGGCUGAAGUGCUGCUGGCGCAGUUGGAGGAAGCUGUAGAGACAGAGUGGAGUCAGGUUCGGGAGGAGAAUAUAGGUAAGGAGGAGUUGAAGGAUGCGCUGGCAGACGAGGACUUUGAAGUCAUUGUCAGCGAAGUCGAUCGCGAUCCCUACGGCAUCGUAGUGUUGAAACCCGAGGCCGAGUAA